UAUGUGGGCUACUCAUGCAGCGUUGGAGCAAAGAAUUUACAGGCGUAAUUAGUUAAAGGACACAUAAAUGUUCCAGUGUAGGCUAUUGGAGGGGGUAGGCAUCUUUUGUUUUUAGAUGGUCGGCUGGAGAAAGUAGGCAUACCAGAGGGUCAGGUCAGUGAUCUUCGAGGGGUUUCCCUCAUAUCGUAGGCUACUCUAAACUUCAUGCCCUCUGCGUUUUCAAGGACAACCUACCGCCUACUUCAGACCGGACAAUAACACUUAAUGUUCGGUCGGUGAAACAGUUUCUUCAACUUUUUUCUAGUCAAUUUGUCACGUUUAGUCCGAUGCCACUUUAUUUCUUUGUUUCAUAAUCAUUUUCAUGUGAUCUGGACUAUAGCCUACACCUGCUUGUUCAAACAAAUAUUUGUUUUGAAACAGACCGGAUUUUCCAUCCGAGCGGCGUCAUGAAACUUCGUAUGGAAUAUAAAACGUAACAAAUCAGCCCAUCGGUGUGACAUAGGCCUAUAUGAGAAGAUACGGUCUGUGCCUAGUCUGAAUUAUCAAUGAAACUGCUCAUAGCCUAUUUUCCCCCAUCACUCGGUGACGCGGUCUUUACGACCAGAGUAUCGCUGCUCACCUUACUAUCCCCACUGUCCUAUAGAAAGUGCGGGACACUCAAGUCCACAUCCUACAGCAAGGGGAACGAAAAUACAAGGGGGUUGAACGCAAGUGACUCAGUCAUUCACAGUAGCCUAGGCAAUGAGUCAUAAAUGUUCGCAUCCUGUGAGACGAAUUCCAGUGGAAUGAAAGUGGUGAAUAGGAGCCUGAGUUUCGGACAAAACCAACGAUCCUGAAUGAUCCUGGUCAGCGUGUCUGACACCUUCACGAAAGUAUGUUUUGGACUGCACAUAUUAUGAAUAUCCUGUGAAUAGGGUCAAAAUGGUCUUUUCGAAGAUUACCCUCCUCUGCAGCCUGACAAUUCUGUGGGCACUGUGCACGGAUAUCAAGUGCCAUUGUGAUGAACCAACUGAGAAUGCCAAGCUCAAUGUCACUGUGACCUAUGACCUUCCAUACUUCAUGUCAGAUACCAUUGUGCGGGACAUAGUUGUGUUCAAUGGGAGUGUCUAUGUUGCCACCAUUGACAUGCUUUAUUCUCUGUCUGGGGACCUUAAGAAAAUAUCAGAGUACAAAAUAGAACCAGAGCCUACCUGCACCUUCUGCCAGGGCUUCAAACACAAAGCCAAAGACAUCAGCUUAUCCCUUCUGAUUGAGACCUACUAUGAUGAUGAGCUCUUCAGCUGUGGUUCAACAGGCCAAGGCCUCUGCCGCCGCCAUGUUCUGGUGGAGGGGAGGCUUGAUGAUGAAGUAAAAUGGAUGCAUUCUCCCAACAAUUACGGGGGUCGUCACGGCUGCCCAGACUGCGUUGCUGGCCCUGCAGGUACACAUGUUCUCAGUGUGGAAAGUGGUGGUGUGGUCAGAUUCUUUGUGGGAAAUUCAGAGAACGCUGGUCUGGCUUCAGCGACUGUGGCCGACCCUAAACCACCUCUGACACCUUUUUAUCACACAAUUUCUGUGCGAGAUAUGAAAGAGACACAAGAUGGCUUCCGCUUCUUCUCAGAGCAAUCCUACAUGGACUUAGUGCCCAGUCUCCGUGACAGUUACCAUUUACAGUAUGUGUAUGCCUUCCAAAGCGGUUCCCAUGCAUAUUUCCUCACCAUACAGAGGGAAAGCAGAGACUCAAAUACCUAUCACACACGGAUUGCCCGCAUGUGUUCGUCUGACCCUGAGCUAAGGCGUUAUGUCGAGAUUCCCUUCAAGUGUAUCCUCACUGAAAAGAGAAGAAAGAAGAGCUCAGACAGAACAGAAUUCAAUAUCUUGCAGGCAGCCUAUGUUUCCAAAGCUGGUCGGGACCUCCGACAGCUACUUGACAUAAAGGAAGGCGAAGAUGUGCUGUUUGCUGCUUUUGCCCGCAGCAAACCAAACUCACCUGAACCAACCAACAGUUCUGCCAUCUGCGUCAUUUCUUUGGCGAACAUUAACUACUUUUUCAGGGACUAUAUCCAGAGCUGCCAAACGAGGCAGCUUUACCAUUUUACCGGCUCAGAUGACAAGCAGUGCUACAACACGACUUCCUCAGAUGACUCGUAUGCCUGUGGAAAACAUGAAGGGGGCUAUCGUCUUGAGAUAACAACUCCCAUCACACGUCUGGAUUACUUUAACGGCCAGUUCAGCAAUGUCCUCGUCACGUCCAUUGCCGUGUACCCCCUGCAGAAUCAAACAGUGGCCAGUCUAGGAACGAGUGAUGGCAGAGUCAUUCAGAGAGUGGUCUCCCGAUCCAAAGAUGUCACGUCACACGUUGAGUUCCGCUUAGAUGUGCACCCUGUUUCUCCAAGGGUGGCCCUUCUGUCUCCACAGCAGUUGGAUGGUUCAUUAUUACUAAUCACAGAAAACAAGAUAACAAAGAUUCCAUUGAUUGGCCCUGGCUGUGAACAGAUGAGGACGUGCAGUUCAUGUCUGAUGGCCUACUCCUUCAUGGGCUGUGGCUGGUGCCAGAACCGCUGCACCCGAUCAUUGCAGUGUGCAGAUUCACGCUGGAUUCAGGACUCGUGUCCCCCUGUCAUUAGCAUGAUAUCCCCGUCCACUAUUCCAAUCGGUGGAGAUACAAAAGUGACCAUCUGUGGGAGAAACUUUGGCUUCAACAAGCGUGAGCGCUUUGACCCCAAGCUGAUUCGCAUCACAGUGGCUGGAACCACUUGCAAGCUGCUAGAGGGAAAUAGUCAUCGGUUGGUUUGUGGCCUGGAGCAUGUGAAUGCAAACCAUUCUAAUCACAUUGUGGAAGUACACAGUGGCAAGGAGACUGGAGAAAUAUUGGGACUGUCGUAUGUGACCCCUGUUAUCGACAAGAUCUUUCCAAGAUUUGGUCCCAAGUCAGGUGGAACAUUACUCUCCAUUCAUGGCUCGUUCUUAGACUGUGGGACCGGGAGACAGGUCAAUGUUGGGAAUACCACUUGUGAAAUUCAGAGUGUCUCUGGGGGAACACUUAUCUGCAAGACAGCUUCUCAGGACCUGACCUCUUCCCAACAAGUGACACUUAAGAUUGAUGGAGUAUCAGUUCAGGCAUCUGAAAGCUUCACAUACAAUGAAGAUCCCCUUAUUCUAAACAUCGAGCCGAAGAGCUCAUUUUUCAGUGGGGGCAGCACAGUGUCAGUGAACGGGUACUAUCUUCAGUCCGCUCAGCAGCCCCAGAUGAUCCUCACUCACGAGGGGAAGGUCAUUCAAGUGAUGUGCAGCCAGGGAAAGGAUAGACAUUACAUUCAGUGCACUACCCCUUCUCUGAAAGAGCUGAACAUCCGCACACCAGUCAUCACAAAGGUGGCUUUUAUCCUGGAUGGAUUCUCUACUGUCCAGUUCGACCUACUGUAUGUGGAAGACCCCAACUUUGCAGAGUUUCAGCAGCCGACCAUCACCAUUAAAGGGAGCAAGAGCAUCUUAGAGAUCAAGGUCCCGCCAAUGGACAUAGAAGCAGUGAAGGGCCGGGUCUUAAUGGUGUCCAACAGAACCUGUGAAUCUGUUACUCUAGUUGGGGACACUCUAGAGUGUAUCGUCCCCUUGGAGCUCCAAGCUGCAAGUGAGGAGUUGGAGGUUAAGUGGAGGCAGGCCAACUCUUCAGUGAGCCUGGGCCGCGUCAUGCUGGCCCAUGAGCAGGACUACACCAGCCUGGUCACGGGCGUCAUCUGUGUCACCCUCUUUCUGCUCAUGUUGCUUGGCCUGUUUAUGUGGGUCCAAAGGAGAAAGCAUAUUGAAGAUUUAAGCAAGGCUAUGGUUUGGUACGAUGGCCGGGCACACAUUCCUCAUUUGGACAUGUUGGCCAAUGCAAGGAGUGUCAGCCCCACUAAUGAAAUGGUGUCCCACGAAUCUGUGGACUAUAGAACUACUUUGCUUGAGGACCAGAGUGUGUCCAUGACACAGGCAGAGUCAUGUCGCCCGCCCCCGUACUCCCCGAUGCAUGGGGACCUCUCUCCCAUGUUGGUGGGGGGUGACGGAGAUCUGGCCUCCCCUCUGCUGUCAGCCAGUGCUCCCAUAGACCUGGCCAGCCUGAACCCGGAGUUGCUGAAAGAGGUCCAACAUGUGGUCAUUGCCAGGGAGGACCUCCUGUUGCACGUCCACGAGAUCAUUGGGAGAGGUCACUUUGGCUGUGUUUUCCACGGGACCCUGCUGGACCCAGAGGGACAGAAGCAGCACUGUGCAGUCAAAUCUCUAAAUCGUAUCACAGAUAUUGAGGAAGUAACACAGUUUCUGAAGGAGGGGAUCAUCAUGAAAGAUUUCAGCCAUCCCAAUGUACUGUCUCUGUUGGGCAUCUGCCUGCCCUCCGAGGGCUCCCCUCUGGUGGUGCUGCCUUAUAUGAAGCACGGGGAUCUCCGCAACUUCAUCAGGGACGAGACUCAUAACCCCACUGUAAAAGACCUUAUGGGAUUUGGGUUCCAAGUUGCGAAAGGCAUGGAGUACCUCGCUAGCAAGAAGUUUGUCCACAGAGACCUAGCAGCUAGAAACUGCAUGUUGGAUGAGAGUUACACUGUGAAGGUUGCAGACUUUGGCUUAGCUCGAGAUGUGUACGACAAAGAAUACUACAGCGUGCACAAUAAGAGUGGAGUCAAGCUGCCUGUAAAGUGGAUGGCUUUGGAGAGUCUACAGACACACAAAUUCACCUCAAAGUCAGAUGUUUGGUCUUUUGGUGUGUUGCUAUGGGAGCUGAUGACCCGAGGAGCUCCACCAUACUCCGAUGUCAACUCCUUUGACAUCACUCUGUUCCUUUUGCAAGGACGGCGACUCCUUCAACCGGAGUUCUGCCCGGAUGCACUAUACCAUGUGAUGGUUGAAUGCUGGCAUCCUAAACCAGAGAGGCGGCCAAACUUUUCUGAAUUGGUCUCCCGGAUAUCAGCUAUCUUCUCUAGCUUCUGUGGGGAGCACUAUGUCCUCCUCAACACAACCUAUGUCAAUAUCGACAAGAUGACACCGUACCCUUCCUUGAUCUCCUCUCAAGGCACUUUGGACCGGGACUGCUGCACUUGAGAGGACCCUGAGACAAUGAAGGUUGUGGGGGGAGGGGGCUUCUGUGGACAGAAGAGAAGCAUGCUUCUUCAGACCUGCUGUAUGGGUGUAUAGACACUGGACCCCAGUUUUGGAUGAAUUCCUUAUCCUCUCUAAAGGAAGAACAAUGAUGAACAUGAAGGGAGAUCCUUGGGUGGAGCAGAGGACCAUUUGGGAACCUCUACACUCAUACCUGGGUAUUCUGUUUUGGAGACCUUGAUGAGGACAGUACCAAGAGGUUCAGCCUUUUCUGAAACAGUGUGUGAUUGUACAUUACCUGUACAUUACAGUUUCAAAGCAUGUGAUGCAGGUUUCAGAAGUAUGCCACCUCACCAGACAGUGCUCUUUUUGUUGAGAAGUUUCGUACUGACUCCCUUACUAAGACCCUCGUCCCUUAAGUGGACAGAAACAGUUUGUGAUAAAACAAAACAAGAGUCUAAACGAGUCGUACUCUGGAUGGUCAGAUGCAUGUAUGCUCAGCUAGAUUAAGUUGAUGUCAGGUAUAUUUGAAAUACUACUUUUGACUACUUAGUCAAAGACUACUUCAUGACAUUGUCUGACAAUGCAUUCUACUGGUAGUAUUUUAGAUUGGAGUAUAUGCCAACAUUUCACUUCAGUUGUAAGGUAAAUGUGCAGAGCAAAAUCCCCCCCCCCCCCUUCUUAACAAAUGUGGUGUGCAUGCCUCAUAUAUAGUACUAUAUGUUUUUAAAUUUAGUUUACAUUAAUUAUGCACAUUUAAGUCUAGAAUUCUGGCGAAAUAUUACUUGACUUGUGCAGUACACUGGAUAUAUUAUCCUUUUAAUAGACUCUGAAUACAUCUUUGAUUUGUGUUAAACAUCUAAUACUGAGUCAUGUUUAGGACAUUGCAGAUGUUUUGGUUGAAAGAAGAGGUAUGAAGAUGUAGCUACUAACCUAAUGUAACCUUUCAGAAUUUGACUUCAGGAUGAACAUAGCCUUAGCUUUAGGUUACAAAAAGAUGUUCUCAACAGCAUUAUUCUUGUGUGGUAAGCUUACCUUCAUAAGGACAUAUAAUCACAGUUAUAGAACAAGGUUACAGUGUUUAAAUAGGCACACACAUCCAGCCAAUCAAAUACACUGUUUCAUCAGUAAUAAGCUAUCAGGCCAGCAGUAGCCCCCUUGUUUGGAUGCCCAUCACUGAACUGAUUUUAUUCAUAGGUCCACUUUACCAGCAUGUGUUCAGUAAGCAGAUGAAAAUAAUCUGCCUGGAGUUCAGUAAAAUAUUAGUUCAUUCGUUGUACCACAAUCAGGUUCAAUACUCACUGCCAAACACAGGUCUUAAACAAAGACACAGAGGUUAUAAAGUGCCCUCCUCUUGUAAUUGCUCUUGUAAAGUAAUUGCUUUAGGUCUAGAAAUUUGAUGACCAAACAUAUACAUUUGAUUUUGUAAUGGUUUCUAUAACAAACUGUUUUGCUGUGUUGAAUGUCUGUACAGCUAUCAGUACUUGACUAAUGAAUGAUCAAUAGCAUGUUGAAAAUCACUUCAAGUGACAGCACUGUAAAUGAGGGCUUGCAUAUCUGACUGUUAUAUAUUGCUAAUAGCUAAGGUUGUCGUUGACUACUUUUUGUGACUGAUGUUUAUAUCAUGUGCAGUUUUAUUUAGGUACAGUGCAAACCAUGUUUGAACAAGCGCAAGUAAUCAUUUCUUCUCUUCAGUAUUGCUACUGAACUUGUAGGCAUUAUUCACUAUUUGUCACUUUGAACAGAACAAGCUAAGAUGUUUCUGUAAAAUAACUGUAGGUAUUUGUUCAUGUUUUGUUUGUAUUUGUUCAUACUCAUGUUUGAUAACAGCUGCAUUGUCCCAUUCCUGCAUCAUUUCUGUUUUGGCAAAUGAGUUUAUGUGUUUGAGACAUCACAUAGAGGUUGAACAUUUUGAGUACUUUAAUGUCAGCCAAUCCUCAGGCAGGGACAUGUGAUUCUGUUGUUGGAAGCCUGCACUGGGUGUGUCUACCAGGUGAGUAGGUGACUGUGGAAUGCUCUUUGACUGCUGGACACAGUGCUCUCCUCCUCAUGGAACCAAUGCCACUUCAGCAGUCAACACAUUCUCAUAAGUGGGUCCAACGAGUUGGGGGAUAGAGUAUAUCUGAUAAGACUUUUACCUCUACACCUUUUCAUUGACUCAUUUUAUUCAUAUCAUUUUAUCACGCUGAUUUUGCAACAUUAGAAAUAAAACAUUAGUUGUUUUAUCAAGUUAAAAUGCUGUUGUCUUUUUAUGCUGUCAUGAACAAGAACAUAAAAGUGCAGGGGAAUGUCCAAAUGUUCACUUUAAGGACAGG